UAAUGUCUGCAAAGAAAAUAACAUCUCCUCAAACUAAUAAAUGUCAUCCUACUAGUAGAGGUCAUGAUAUUAAAACUAUAUAAAAAUUAGAAAUUUUUACAAGUACAAAUAAUGGCAAAAUAAAUAAGGUAUUCAAUUAUAAGGGUUAUUAGUUAUUAGAGUAGUAAACAUCAGUUAACUUAUGCUACAGAUUAAAUAUAAGUAAAUUGCUUAACAAAUAAAGUUUCAUUAAAAAAUGGACAAAAUCAUGACAGAGAAAAAAUAAUUAAUUAAUUACUAUAAGAGAACAUAAAAUUGAAAGAAUAGAAUGAUAAGAAAAAUAAAUUAAUAGAAAUGUUAAUUGAUGAAAGAACAGAUAUCAAAAGAGUUACAAGUCUUCAUAUUCCACAUGAAAGAGAUAUUUAACAGUCAAAAACAAAUUUUAGACUUUAAAGUCCAAAUCAUAUGGAAUUUACAUUUUAUAAAAGUCCUAGUAGAGGGUUACCUAAAGAAUUCUAAAUAACUCCGUCUCGUAAAAUGUUUUUUUGA